CGUUAGUGUUGUUUGGGCAUUGGUCUAAAGCGGAUGAUUGCUCCAAAGCAACCACUUUAAUUUUGACAAAUCGGGCAUUUUGGUCAAGUAUUCUUAAUAAAAAAGUUGUAAUAAUGGUGCAAGUGAGAGUAUCUGAGGGUUUGCUGGAAGGUGAGGUGGUACACAAUGAGUAUGGAGGCACGUUGUACAGCAGUUUUAAAGGCAUUCCAUUCGCUCAGCCACCGCUUGGAGAUCUGCGGUUCAAGGCACCUCAACCACCGAAACCGUGGGAUGGAGUUCGUGAGGCCAAAGAAUUCGGACCAAAAUGUAUUCAAUAUGACUCAUUCACAAAAGCUGGUUUGCUCGGCAGUGAGGACUGUUUAUAUCUUAAUGUUUAUACACCCAAUGUAAACCCGGAUAAACCUCUGCCAGUCAUGUUCUGGGUACACGGAGGCGCCUUCAUGAUCGGAGGCAGUAAUGAUGACUUAUACGGACCUGAAUUUCUCUUAAGAAAAGGCGUCGUAGUCGUCACUUUUAAUUACAGACUUGAAAUUCUCGGUUUCUUAAGCUUGGAUACUGAAGAUGUACCUGGUAAUGCUGGCAUGAAGGAUCAAGUAGCAGCACUGAGGUGGGUGAAUAAAAAUAUUGCCAACUUCGGUGGAGACCCUAACAAUAUCACUAUUUUCGGAGAAAGUGCUGGCGGUGCCAGUGUCAGUUACCUCUUAAUAUCGCCGAUGACUAAAGGCUUGUUCAAGAGAGCGAUUCCCCAAAGUGGCGCUGCUUUGAGUGACUGGUCACAGACAGUAAGGCCCCGGGAAAGAGCCUUAGCAGUAGCAAGAAAAUUGGGAUGCUACUCCGAAGACGAUAAGGAGUUAUAUGAAUUCUUCAAAAACCAAACAAUUGAAUCACUAACUAAUGCCGCAGCCCCCAUUUCACUAGCAGAAGCAAACAAGAAGGGCUUAGAAAUUUAUUUCAGCAUUACCGAUGAAAAGAAAUUCGGUAACAAUGAAAGAUUUUUCUACGGAAAUGUAGUCGAUGUUGUAUCCAAUGGCAUUCACGAAGGUGUUGAUAUAAUGACAGGAUUUACCUCAGACGAAGGUCUUGUUUGGAUCGAAAAAGAUACGAUAAACGAGAGAUUAGAUAUGAUAAGGAACUUCCCAGACAUGUUAGUUACCAAGCAAUUAUCAUUUAAUCUGUCAGUUCAUCAACAGAUUGAGCUCGGAAAGAAAAUCAGAAAGUUUUAUUUUAACGACGGGGUAAGAAUACCAGAAGACUGGGAGCAAUUGGUGAAGUAUUAUUCAAUGAAUACGUUCAUAUUCCCCACAAUGAAGUUCGCUAAACUUUGUGCUGGCGCUAAGAAGAAUAAACUUUACUUGUACAGAUUUUCUUGUAAAUCUGAGAGAAAUCUCGUCGCGCACUUUACAGGACUGACAGAAUUGAUUGGAAGCAAGCCUGUCACAGCCCAUGCUGAUGACUUACUGUACUUAUUCAACGCCAAGCUACUUAAUACGAAGGUCGAUAUGAAAUCUUACACAUUCCAGCUAAUUGAUAAAGUUACAACUCUUUGGACGAACUUUGCUAAAUUCGGGAACCCGACUCCUGACAACUCGCUGGGUGUGACAUGGACACCAUUCACUCUGGAAAAUGAAGAAUAUCUGGACAUCGGUAAUGAACUGGUUCCUGGAGUGAAGCCUGACCAUGAAGAAGUACAAUUAUGGGAAAAAAUCGACAAAUUAUUCGGUUCACCCACACAAAUUGUUACAGCUGAUGAAAUAUAGGUUACAAAAAUAAUU